CACUACACAGUCUCCUCCAUCGCACUCUAUUUACGUGUAAAGAAGUGUAUCUGAAAAAAUACCAUGCUUGUACACAGUAUAUGGGCAAUAAUAAUGGAAUGAAGAAGAUGCGCACUACUCUGUAUUAUGCGCGCAGGUUCACCGAUUUUGCUCUGCAUAACACACUCAACUACUCUCAGUACAAUUUUAGCAAUCAGGCGGGUAGCAAGUAUUUUGGCUGAAUCUCGGACAUUUUUCAACACACAACUCCUUCCUUCUCUCUCCACACCGAGCCAGGGCAUUUUCCAAGAGACAAACAACAACCAAAUAGUAAAUAAGACACUGUUCGUUGUGAUUCACUUUUUCACAUUGGCGGAAAAAUACUGCGGAAAAUUGUGUGCACUCCUCAUCACUGUAAACUCGUAGUGAUCCUCGUGAAAAUAAAAGAGUGGACAAGUGUGAUGGUUUUCCAGCUUGGCAAAUAAGUUCGUUUUAUAUUUUUCUGUGGAGUGGACUUGCUGCAGAAGUGGAGGAAAAAUCCAUCGAGUUUUUCCUGUAAUACAUACAAAUUCCGUCCUUUAUGCGCGCCAAGUGAAAUCAUGGUUGAUGUAUAGAGAGAAGGACACUAGCGACAGUAAAAGGUAUUUGAGGAAGCAAAGAAGUCCCAGGAAUGAUUGAAGACUCGCGGAAAUCAUCUAAUGACUGAAUCAACUCAGCUGCACACAACGGAUAAUAGUAACAGCGGUGUGAAAAUGGAGCCUCCGGUGUCGCCGGCUCCAUCGGAGCAGCAGUACUCCCUCAAGUGGAACGAUUUCCAGUCGUCAAUUCUCUCGUCAUUCCGCCACUUGAGAGAUGAGGAGGACUUUGUGGACGUUACGUUGGCCUGUGAUCAGAGAUCUUUUACUGCACACAAAGUCGUCCUCAGCGCGUGCAGUCCUUACUUCAGGAAGCUCCUCAAAGCCAAUCCCUGCGAGCAUCCCAUUGUCAUCUUGCGCGAUGUGAGAGCUGAGGACGUUGAGAGUUUACUGAGGUUUAUGUACAACGGAGAGGUUCAUAUUGGGCAUGAGCAGCUGAGUGACUUCCUGAAAACGGCUCAGCUGUUGCAAGUGCGAGGGUUGGCGGACGUGAGUGGUCCUGGGAUGGGUCAUACAAUGUCCUCGUCCUCGCGACUCAGUCAUGCCGCCCUUAAUGCACAAAUUGCCACACCGACAGUACAAGAACUGAAGCCGUCUCCGGUAAGAAAAAAAACCUCGGGUUCCCUCUUGCCAUGGGAUAUGCCCGACGAUCGGUCCAGUCACUUGGUCAACACCCCACCGCCACAGAAGCGUAUCAAAAGUGUGGAUCUCUACAGGGCGCAGCAUGGGCUCAGUCCGGACAGAAAUCCAGACGCGAGCCAAAUGCGCGAGAAGGAUCGCGAGAAGAGUGAUCGGGAGGAUGAUCGCAGUCGAAAGUCGUCUCUGGAGCGCGACAGGAGUCUCGAGUUGAGGGAUUCUCUGCUGGGGCAGGCUCUCGAGGGCGGUCCCACCCUUAUUGUGCCAUCUCAGAAACACUCUGAUCUUGGGUCACUGCAGCAACAGAGCAACGGCGAGGACUCCAAUAGCAGCGAAGCGGCCUCCGACAGGGAGGACAGCGGCAUGGACGGUGCCAUGGACGGCCUCAAUGGCUCAAUAGAACACUCACGAACGCCUUCAUUCCCCAGUGCAUUUCUGGGCCUGCAGGGACUCCCACUCAUGCCCGGACCCUCUGGAAUGCACGGAGACAAUUUCGUAUCUCGCCGAUCGCUGGAGAUGCGAGUGCGCGCCACUGAUCCCAGACCCUGUCCCAAGUGUGGCAAGAUCUACAGAUCUGCCCACACGCUGCGCACCCACUUGGAGGACAAACACACCGUCUGUCCAGGCUACAGGUGUGUCCUGUGUGGCACUGUGGCCAAGUCCAGAAACUCCCUCCACUCUCACAUGUCGCGUCAGCAUCGCGGCAUCUCCACCAAGGAUCUCCCUGUCCUGCCCAUGCCCAGUCCCUUCGAUCCCGAGCUGGCCAGUCGCCUUCUCGCCAAGGCGGGUGUCAAAGUGUCCCCGGCUGAAUUGCGAGCCAGAGCCUCUCCCACCAGCGGCACUCGGAGGAACGACAUGAAGCUGGAGCUGCGCAAUCCUGGCGAUGACAGCAAUAUGGGUGACAUGGACAAUGAUCCAGAAGAUCUCACAGUGGGCAGUGCAGCUCACAAUAACAACAACAGCAAUACAAAUCGUUACUUAGAUGCAUUCAACCAUCCGAACACGACAAUAACAAGAGUGCGACAUGGAGCUCUUACACCGAAAAGCAAUGAAUCCAUCUCGAAGGACUCCCACGGGGGGCAGCUGGGAAGCAGUGCUGCCACGGGAUCAGCUAUCCUGGAUACCUACUUGCAGUUCAUCACGGAGAACACUUUUGGGAUGGGAAUAAAUCAGGAGCAAGCAGCGGCCGCUCUGCACGCGGCCAAGAUGGCCCAACUGGGCGCCAUGGGACACGGAUUGGACAAAUUGCCGCCGGGUUUCCUGCCGUCUCAAUUGGAUCUGCACAAGAUCAACAACCAGGCCAACAGCAUGGACAUCAUUGGUAAGAUUCAGCACAACUCCAGCGUGACAAUUGAGCCGUCUGGCAAGAGAGAAGGUGAGCGAUCACUUGAGAUUAAGCGGGAUGACGAGGAGCCAAUGGAUUUGGGGGCGGAGAGCACAAACACGCCGGCAGCCAAUUUGUCCAAUGACGGGGACAACAGCUCGGGCGAGGAGGGAAGCUACUCAGAUGAUGAGGGUGUGGGGAAUUCGUAGACUUGCCAAGCUUGCCCAGCGCAUCAGCCCAGAUUGAUAUUUGAAGAGAUGAUCAGAGGGAAAUAUAAAAGUUAUACGUGCGAGAGUGACUUCGCGUGAAGAUCACGACUCUCAACAUUACUUGAGGAAGCCUUAAGUUGUAUACCAAUUUUUAUGAAAAAAAAGAAAGAAACAUUAUUAUACAUUGUAAUUGAUAUUCUAAUGCUAAGGAUAUUUGGUUGAUGAAGAAUAUUAUGGGAGAAGCAUUGAGAAGAGAGCAAGAAGCCAGAAAAAAACGUACGCAUAAUCGAUAAAAAUAUUUAGUAUACGGACUUAAAUAUACGAUUUUGAGGACGAGAGAAACUGAUGGAGAUAAAAAUCUUGUAGCUGAACAGAAACAGAGAAAUUAUUAGUGUAUUUUACCAAUGUGCUAUUCAUGUUGUUUGUUAUUGGAGAAAAAAAAGGUGUAAUGGAGGAAAAAAUCUUUGAUGAAGUCGUAAAAAUAUUGCAAGUGGAUGAGAAAAAUUUGAAAUCCAUUCUUUUCUGGAUAUUUUCUUUUCUUUUCAAUUUCGAGAAAUGAAGACUAGAAGCAAGCAAAAGAAUUAAUUUAAUAUUUAUUUGUUGAUAAAUUGACGAAUGAUAAAGGAAAUUUUUAAUUGUAGAAUUACCGUGCCAUUUAAUACGAUUUUUUACGUUUUUUUUUUCCUUGCAUAUUAUUGGGGAAUCUUCUUGCCACAGCAAGUAAAAUGAUGAUUGAUGGAGGGUGUAAAUGUAAAUAGGAGUGUAGUUCGAAGUAGAGAUGAGGAAAGGUACCACAAAAUGACGAGAAAUGCAAAUUUUUAUAUCACGCCUGUUGCAAUAUCCCCCUGGAAAUGAUAUACCUCAGCAAACUCAGUUUUUUACACUGUAUUUUAUAAAGAAGAAAUAGAAAUGAGAUGAAGUAAAAACCGAUGAAAUACCACAAAACUUAUUAUACAUGUCAUAUAGGAAAUAGUUGUAGACAUUAACAUAAUUAAAGUUUAUAGAAGAGGAAUAUUUAAAGUGAGAUAUAUUCUUAACAGAUUAAAUCCAAUUUUCUACCUCAGAACAGAAGAUAUUCUAUUAUUUUUGCAUAGAGUUAUAGUUGUUUUUUCUUAAUUUUAUUCUUACAUCACCGGUCAAUAGUGAUUUUUUUUUCAAAUCUCAGUGAUACAAAAUAGAGCAGAAUUGAAAAUCUCCUUUAUAUAGAAACGAUAGUACUUCCAAUGUUGAUUAAGUGCUUCCCGUUUGUUGAAUUUUUUUCCGUCUCGGUGAAUUUAUAAGUUGUUUUUAGAGAAACCGAAAAGUAAACCAGCUUCCAUUUACAAGUUAAACUCUAAUUUACAAUCUCAUUCAAGUACAACCUUCUAAACAUUCUCAGCAGCAGACUUUCUUUUUUCUAAUGAAUACGGAAAAUAAGUAACACGAAAAGGAGACUCAGGGAACAGAAUGACAACCAAAUAUGAGACUUUUCUCAAGUCCAUGGAAUUCUUGAACGGGUAACACAGAAAUCUUUCCAUCCAAGUCGUGCAUUUUCCCAUGUGAACCGUCAAAGAAGUACUAAAGGGUGGAAUUUUCGGGAUUGCCUAUCUCUAGUGGGGGAAUUUGUAGUGGAGGAAAUACUCCGCCCACUUGAAUGCUCCGCCCAUUCACAAAUGUAGACAACUUCAGGGCGAAGAUGUGACAAUCUCCUGCUAAAGCAAGGCUCAAAUCCCAUUUUUUCUUGAGGAGGAGAGAACAAUGCACAAUAUUUCAUAUAGCAAUACAGAUCUUAGGGUGUAAAGACUUUCAUGUACAAAUCGCUUAAAGCUCCUUAGAUGGCUCCUUCUGUUGCUCUUACGUUUAAAACUCAUAAUUAUUACCUCACUAAUGGUUAAAUAUCACGGGUAUUUUCAUGACAAAAUGCAGAUUAAGAGUUAAGUGUAGAAAUGACUUACAGCAAGAAUGUGACUUGUAUUGAUUUAUACCUCAAUUUUUGUUUGGGACUAGAAGACAGCAAGCAAGAGAGAUAAAAUAAUUACUAUCUAAAUAGUGAAGAAGAUGAGUAAAAAAUUCUUAUAGAAUAGUCGAUAUCUUUAAAAAUGAUGAGAGAAGGUGACGAGGCCACGAGUGAAGAAUGUAUAGAAGAAAUUGUGUUUUAUUGUCAAUAUAUGUUUGUAAAACUAUUUGAGGAGUGCAGAAGAGAGUAGAGGAAAUCUCUGCAGUUGGUUAGAGAGGGAGAGAGGAAGAGAGAGAGAGAGAGGAGAUAUUGAGAGUAAUAAAGUAAGUUUUAUUAUCACGUAGAAAUAUACCCUUAAAGAUAGUGGAAGAUGAAGUGUAGGAAUAUAUAUAGUCCUAGUUUAAAUCAUUAGAAUGGUAAAUAGUUUAUUAUUUGAAUUUAUCAUGAGAAAACCAUUGUUGUGAACUUUAUUGGAGAGCGAACGGGAAACUUUAUGAUAAACAUGCACUAUAGAAAACUGAUGAGAAAUAGUUUAGAUGCGAUCUUGAAUUCCAGAAAAUCGUACUUAAUAUUUUUGUAUUGGGUUUGGUUGUUUUUUCACAAUUAUUUUGCAAAUCUUUUGGAAAGAUGUUACUAAAAAAAAAGAGCAUAAACUGUGUGAUGAAUUGUUUAGCUUUCUUUGGGAUUUUUGUGUAGACAUUUUUUAUUUGGAAAGAGAAAAAAAAAGUGAAUGAAGAACUAGAGAAAAUUAACAAAAUUAUAGUUGGAUGGAGAUUUUUUAGUGUUGUAAUAUCCAGUUUAACUGAAAUUUCUACGCGAGCUUACUAAAAAAUGUUUCUUUUUUAUUAUCAUUUAUACUUCACAUUUGUUUUGUUUAUUUGACUUCUUUUGGGCAAAUUCAACUGUGAAAAGCAAUUUGCGCACAUUAACAGAGAAUUUACCACUGUUAAAGGGUUAAAUAAAAGAGAAGAAUAAAUACAAAUAGUACGGGUGCCUUUGAAUGAAUUUUAAUAGUGAAAAAAAGAAGAUGAAAUUGAAUAAUAAAACGUAAUAUUAGCCAGCUUGGCUCAAAGUUCCUAUAUAGUAAUUUGAUGAUGAAAAUGAAGAUGAAUAGAGAAUGGAAAUCACAUUUUUGUAUGCGAAAAUCCAUCCAUUUUUUCGGAAGUAUAAAGAUGAGAAUAUAAGUAAAAAAUAUAAAACAGUCCGUCAUUGAGCAAGUUUCCUUAUGAUUUCGCCACAUUUUGACCUUUUUCUUUUUAAUUGUUCAAGAGAUAGCAAAGUUAGUAGAAUUCAUUGUGGAAGGAAUAAUUGACAAGAGAAUGCAAAUAACUGAUAUGUGUAAAAUUAAAACAUAGCUGAUAUAUUUAAUGUAUAAAAUAGUGCAAAUAAUAAAGUGUAUAUGCUGCCAUAAGUAAAGAUAUUAAGCAAGUUUGCAAGAGAAAUUUAAGCGAUGCCUCAUCACAUUAAAUUUCAUGUACCAUUCUUUCAGUUCUUUUGCCCUGUGUGGAGAUUUUACAAAAAAGAAAACAUGUCGAGAGAUUUUUGGCAAAAUAAAGCUUCAGUUGGUGCAAUAACCACGAGAAUAGCAA